UCCGCCCCCCUCUCUCCGCGCCGGCGGCGCCGCCAUGGAUGGGGGCGUGCGGCUGCGCGCGGGUGCCUCCAAGCAGGACGUGCGGGAGAAGGUGUGGGACUACCUGGAGGCCAGCGGCCUGGCCGCCUUCCCGCGGCCGGUGCACCGCCGCAUCCCCAACUUUCAGGGUGCCUCCCAUGCUGCGACAAGGCUUCUGGGUUUAAAGGAGUUCAAAGCUGCCAAUACUGUAAAAAUAAAUCCCGAUGCUCCCCAGAAGAACGCUCGUUUUCUAACGCUGGAAGCAAGGAAGACUUUGUUGGUUCCCACACCACGUCUGAGAACCGGGCUGUUCAAUAAGAUUGUUCCACCUUCAGGUGCAACUAAGGAGAUCCUGCGAAUAUGUGCUACGUCUCAAGGUGUAAAAGAAUACAGUGUGCCUGUAGGUCUUGAUGGGAAAGCACGAGUGGACUUGGUUGUUGUAGGAUCAGUGGCUGUCUCUGAAAAAGGCUGGAGAAUUGGAAAAGGGGAAGGUUAUGCAGACAUGGAAUAUGCAAUGAUGGUGUCAAUGGGUGCAGUGCAGGAGGAUACACCUGUAAUUACUAUUGUGCAUGACUGUCAGGUGGUUGACAUAGCAGAAGAGCUUCUUGAUGAUCAUGAUUUAACUGUGGAUUACAUACUCACUCCAACACGGACUGUCAAGACAAAUUGCAAACGACCAAAACCGCAGGGAAUAAUAUGGCAUAAGGUCAGCUAUGAGAUGCUGGAAAAAAUCCCCAUCCUAAAGAGCCUUCGAUACAGAGAGAAGCAGACCGGCAAGGAUGUUACCCUCCAAGAUGAACAUUCAGACCUGGCAAAUACCAACACACCAGCAGCGUUGAAUGAAAAGGCAAUGGCUGAAAAUACAAGACCGCAGGCUGCAAUGGGCUCAGCUCAAGUAGGACAACAUUAUGUUGAAAGUGAUUCUUUAAGUCCCAGAUUAGGGGGAUCUGGCAUGAUUACUACUGUGUAUGUGGGGAACAUACCUCCCAGCGUAAGAGUGAGUGAGCUGAAAUGUGCUUUGAGGGAAUUCCGUGCAACUCCUUUACGACUGAAUUGGCAAGGAGCACAGUACAGGGCUUUUCUCGAUUACAAGGAUAAAGCAACCGCAGAGAGUGCUGUAUGCUCUUUGAAAGGCUUGAGCCUCGGGGGUAAUACUUUGCGAGUUGAGCUGGCCAAGAAUCAGAGAAACAAAGGGCAAGUAGAAAUCAAUAGUCAGAAAUGAGUAUGAAGAGGGGGAAAAAAAUAAGCGUGUUCUCAUUGUUUUGUGAGAAGCCAACCUAACUUUUCAAGGAUAUUAGUAUAUCCUCUGAUUACUGCAGGCUAAACAACGAAGUGCAAAGCCAGCUUUUCAAACAAAUGAGGCAGACAUCUCACAGCUGACUUGCUCUGCCUCGUUCCUGCAGUUGUACAUGCAAAGUGUGUUUGUCAAGACAGAUGAGAGAGGGGCCAUUUCUCUAAACAGUUAUCCAGAAGGUACCCACACCCUGUGUAUUUGUUUUUCAUCGGCCCUGGGUUGAUUUGCGGUUCAGUGUGUACGUUUGUUAGGCCUGGAUCAAAAACCUGCCCCUUGGUAGCUGUGUGCAGCCACAUGUAGCGAGGUGAUUGUGUUCUGUCAUCUAAAGGUUGUACCUGCAAAUUUGUACUCGUGAGCUUAAAAACCAGAUGCAGAAAAUCUGUCUUAAGGGUUACGAUUCUGUUUACUAAAAAAUGGCGUUUGCCUGUUGGGAGUUUUCAGCAUAUUUUUCAUAAAAAUGGCUGGGGGGAGAGAUUGCCCUUUUUGUGCUCUUGAAGAACGGCUGUGGAAACACUGGCUCAGCCACUGAGUUCUAGUAAUAGCUGUUAACAUCAGGUGGAAGAGAUGGUAGCCCUGUUCUCAGCUCUGUUUUGUUAAUCCAGCCCUUUGUAAAUCUUAUAUUUCUUAUUUCGGUCUGGCAGAGGAAAGUAAAGACCAGUUUCUCCUCUGCUUUUCCCCAAAGCACUUCAGUUGUCUGUUUCAUGGAUGCAGAUAAUUAUAAAAUAGAUGCUUUCCCUGAUUGUCUCUUCUCUUAUAAUUUGGUGUGAUGCCAUUGCCUCCGUGAAAUUAUGUUAAUAUUUAAUCAUUAGAGUGGAAAUGAAAAGCAGGCAGACCACGGUCAAAACUUGUGGGUGACUAGUGUGGUGUGGAGUUGUUUGAAGGGUUGCUGGAGAUAGUAGCAAAGCCUGUUCCUGCUGUGCCUUUGUCACCGUCACUGUGGUCUUCCUGCAUCCACAACAUCAGACAGUGAUGAGGGUUAGGCAGCAGCACUGGCAACUUUUCAUUGUGAAAGUGCUAUCAAGUACUAGCUCGAACAGUAAGAUUUGCGCACACUUGAACAUUCACUUACGGUGUAAAGGAGAAUGAUGAUUUAUUCGGUAUGGCUUUUAUUACAUUUUUUUUUUCUUCGGUUUCCUAUUCCUGAAAAACAAGUUGAAUUUUGGCUGAACCAUCCUUUCUAAACAGAAGCGCUUUUGCCAUUGAUGCUGGGCACAUAGUCAAAGUAAGCAUCUAAAUGGAUAUUUUUUUAAGUAUGAGUUGGAAACUUUUUUUAGCCAGAGGGUACUGUUAAGUAUAUUUUAAGCACGUUAUUAUGCCUCAAGGGUCAGACAUUUCGUACAGUAUUAAAUAAAAAGUUCUCAUCGUUAUCAUGUACUCUGUACAGAGGGGCUCAAGGAAAGCAUUGCUUCAGCUUCUUGUAAGGUCAACAAAGGAACAGUUUCUGAAAAAAAAUAGUGCCAUGCUCUAAAAUGCUCUCUUUUUCUCCAGCGCAAAAUUAUUUUCAAUACCACUUAGUCUGAAUUAAAACGUAAGCACUGCAGAGUCCUCUGCAUCUUGUUUCAGUGCUUGUGUACUUCAAGGCUAAGAGUCAGGGGUUAUGUUACUACUUAAACAUACUCAUUACAUCAUGAACUUAGAAAGGGAAGGAAAGAAAAGCAAAAAAAAUAACUACACGUCACCACCUUCCCCUUCCUAAUGAUGGCAAAUUAAGUAAGGUGAUCGUUUGAUGUUCUUUUUGACUCUUGCCAUACUGCUUGCUUUGGUGAAGAUGCCCAGGCAACCCUAGGAGUUAAAAAGCAGCUAUACUGACAAUGAAAACUUCCAGCAUCUCAGACUUCCCCAUGUUGCAUUACAGAUUGAACCAGCCUUUUCUGGUCAAAUUUGUGGGAAUUUCAUCCUCCACCUUACUUCCUUUCUUAACAUCUGAAGUUUCAGUGCAGAUAUGUUAUGUGAUAUGUAGAUAUGUUACGUUUCCUUGCUUUGCUCUCAACGCUGCAUGCAGUCGGGGCUGGUUUUGUUUGGAAAAACACGUCUAGAUGGUUUUCUGUUUGCAGUUGUGGUUCUGUGUGUAACCCACAGGGUGCGCGGUGCUAGGUCUGUGUCCAGGUGGGCAGAUCUCUGCCGUUCUCUUCCUGACACUUCUUUUCUGUCAUGUAUUGUGAGGCCGCAUUUCACAGUACUACCUAAUAUCUUGUAGCUUUCCCAAUAAGCAAUUAACCAUCCAAACCAAGCUAUGGAGAAGAUAUUAACUAGAUAGAGGUAUGUUACUGUAGUUAGGCUCAGAGAAGAAAAAUAAUUACUAUAUUUAAGCUAAUGCACUAUUCAUUAGCAUUUUGAAUGGAGUGGAAUAAUGAUGUUGAUGCUGUGAUAUUUGUAUUUCCAACUUAAAUAGUCAUUCUUGAUACAGGUUAUUAAUAAACGGCAAGAUCUUUUGGGCCUUGACAUCUUAAAGUCAUUAAAGAGUGUUUUUAAUUCAAAGUAGCAGCUGCUCCAGGCCAGAGUUUGGCAGCCUAUUGCAAACCCAUCUGCACCAGCAGCUUCAGCGAAUCAGUCCCAACUGAAGUGCAGCUCCAAGUUCAUUUCUGUCAUCUCUGCUUCAAGAGCAACAACCUGCAGGGAAGGAAUUAGUACAGGCAGCUGUUGAAAAUGGAGCCUGAAGCUGCAGAAGGCUCACCAGGCUUCAGAGCUUCUGCGGGGUCUACUAGUAAGGGGUUACAUGGAGGCAAAACAGUAGUCCUUAGAAAUCACUUUUGGGUUGCCAGAGGCUUCCCACGGGGAAAACAAGCAUUUGAGUAUUUCCGUUCUGCAAAAAAAAAAAAAGCAGCAAGACUUGCAGCAAAGCUGUUCUAUAAGCUUACCUGUGAGGAGGAGGGUACAGCUCAUGCUCUGUGAAAUGCAUCGUGUACCAACACAGCAGGAGUCUGAGCCUCUGCGCUCUGAAGUCAAUGCAAUUUCUGUCUAGGACAAGAAGGGAAGCAGUGACGAAGAUGGGCCCUUCCUGCUGCUUGGGAAGUUGCUUGUCUUUAGCUAAAAGACACUGCAAUGCAAGAUGCUAAAUUGCUAUUUAAUUGAAUAAUGCAAGACUGCCCAAGGCACACGCCUACAUGGCCUUCUGGUGUCUUUAGCUGUAUGAUGUGGAUUUUUUUUUGUGGGCUGACCAAGUUCCUACUUGAGGAAACAGCAGAUUUUGAAGGAAAAGUGAAUGGGGCAGUCUGCGUCUCUUAGAUCUAUUGUUUCAGGCUCUCUGCAUGCUCAGGAAGACAUCCGUUAUACAUGAGUCUCCUCAGACUUUAAAUCCACAAAACUCUGAAAUGCAAUACAUUUCAGUGAAUCCUUGGACUCUGAUCUCAUAAUGGAACUCAAGGAACCGAAGCCUGCUUAUGUUUUGCUUUGACCCAGACCAGAUAUUUUACUGACAAUCGAACCAUAAAGUCUGUGCCAUGAAGAAUUUAGUCUUAAUUAAUAGGAUUUAAGGGUGAGAACCUUUACGCAAGUAAUCAUUCUUCAUUUUUUACCUGUUGUAGUUGUGGCCCUGCUGUUAGCACGUAGGUUGAACUUGGCUACGUGUACAUAGAUACAGUUUGUGCGUCAUCUCAGGUGGAUACUGGCCCUUACAUCCCCCCUUUCAUACUGUGACCGAAGCACCAGCCUGGGACUGCAGAGGACUCAGUGCUUCAAGCCCGUUCUCUGUAAUGGCCUUUCUGUGACCAUUCAUGCCUGGAGCAAUGGGGAGAAGGCAUCUCCAAGCAAUUUCCCCGCAGUUUCUUUCUGUAAAGACAGUGGAACAUCCUUGCUUCUUAGGACUCUCAUCAUAAAAACAUCUACAGUGACAAAGAAGUGCCUGGGCGCUGCAGAAAAGUCUGAAACGCUGGUGAUAAAUGGGUAGUCUGCUUAUAAUAGAGAAUGCAAUGAUCCCUAACGCAGGCUUGAUUUUAGCUCACUUGCAGCAGCGGAGGAGCCUGCGCUUCGCUGCUGUGUGAUGAGAAGAAAAGUUCAGCAGUACAAUGGGAAAUACUUUACUGAGCCAACUUUGUUCAGAAGUAAUUAAAAAUGAGGUCUUUCUAUUCUCUCUGCAGCCUGAUGGCCUCGCUUGUCAUGUGGCCGAGCGCAUUCUUUCCAGCUCCUUUCAUGGCACAAACAAGUUAGGAGGAUGUUGUUGUUGCACACCCCUCUUUUUGAGGGUUCAGAGGGGAAAGAUGCUGAGCAGCUCCAGAGGCUGGUCGGUGUGAGCAAACCCAGCUCCGCUCUCACGGCAGCUGGGAGGGUGUGGGAUCCGGCAGCGACCACCCCAGGGGUUACAUCAGGGACGGGAGCUUCCCAGGGUGAUUCUACCCCUCUUCUUACCCUCGCUUGUGGGAGAGAUGCGGAGAGAAAACAGUAUCGGAUGAACGGAGCCUCCACCAGAUCCACUGGGCUGGAGAACAUGGUCACUUUGGAGAGGAUUUUCUUUUGUUGAACGAUAUUAGUCACAGCGUGGUGUGUGGCACAGAGCAGUGAGGCAACAUUGUAAUCUGCUAACAAUAAAAGCGAGGUGGCGAACUGCCACUCAGUGCUGAAAACUAUACAAUCAUUAGGGUUUUCCUUCAGACAGCUAUGUCCAUGCAUUGCCUGGAACGAGGACAAGGCCACACAGCUUCAAUCCACCAAAGACAACAGCGAGUAAACAAGCCAUGUUGCCGUGUAGUCUUCUCGGGGUGACAAGAGUCAGAGAUUGUUUGUUUCCAUGGAGAGAAAAAGGAAAAAAAAAAGAUCCUCAGCAUCAGGGUGGGAAGGGAGUAAAGGCCCCUCCUGGGUCCUGCAACCAGGUCCAUCCCUCCCGUGUCUCCGCACACAUCAGCCCCUGGUCCCCUCCCAGCAAGCACUCCUUAAGGACAGAGGCUUUAGCUCAUUAUCUUUGGAGACCAAUAAAAUAUCUCAGAAAAGAGAUGCUUAAAUACUGUCUUCAAGUCAUGUCUUUUUUUUUUUUAAUUUAUUUAUUUUAUUUUUCAUUUCAUCGUCUUCCACUGCUCCGAAGAGAGAAACAAAUGUUUUUUAGGGGAAUGUUUCUACUGAAAAAAAAAUCUAGCGCUGGGAGCUGCGUCUUUCUCCACAACUGCAGCAAGGGGUGAGGAGGGGGAGGAAAAGUCUGUGCUGGGAUUUCUCUCAUUCCGGUUCCUCAGAAGGAACAGCCCCACGCAGCACUUCUGGCUCUGGAGGAAACAUCUGUGGCGGUGGCCAUGUUAGUCAGGCAAACAUACCCCUCCGUGAGGUAGGCUCUUGUGUACGAAUGCUUUUAUUUCCUCAUUGCCAUCUAUUAAAGAUUAUCUCCCUACAAGAAAAGUGCACCAUUUCCCAUGUUUUCAUGUGCAAUGUCCGUGAUGUCUGCUAUAAACAUCAUGAAGCGUUUCCCUGCCCCUGCACUGACAUAGGUAUAAAAGUCACUGCUUUUCAUCUUUCAAAGCGCUGCAGAAAUGUUUAGGGUCGUGUAUCCUGCCAUUGUUCUGGGCUGGGCAUCCCACUGAAGUCACUGGGAGAAAUGAGUUCAGGAUACGGACCUAUCUAGUCCAUCUUUACAGUGGCCCCGGUAACAUCCACGUUUUACAGAUGGGAAAAUGAGGAAGGCGGAGAUGGCUCCUGAUAGACUAGAUCCAACUGGUAAUUCCUACCACUUUGGAAAACAACUGGAGAGAACAGACUAGAAACUCAUCAAAAGUUCUCAAAAAAACCACAACAACCAACCCCAUAGCGUGGUAGCCUUUGGACUUUUCUAUAUGACUGGUACCUGAUGUCCCAGAUGGGCACCUUGUUGCUUCCCAACGCAGAGCUGCAACAUUGUGGUCACUCUGCCUCUGCACGCCGGCCAGAGACACCAGCUCUGUGGCUGGGGAAGGUACAAUCCUGUGAGUCCUCCUGCUCCAGAAGAGUCUUCCAGUGAAGGCACCCCACACAAGCUUCUCUCCAGCCCAGUGGCAAACCUCGGCUCUCUUGCCCUGUGAGACAAGACAUGAGAGAGAAACUGAGAUACUUUUCCCAAAACGUGCCUCCUCCAGAGGUCUAGGAGGUCACAAGAAGUGUGUUAUGGUCCAUCCAUCCCAUGCAGGAACACAAGGAGCUAAAGCAGGGUGAUUUUCUUUCUUUAAGGACUAAGGCAA